UAAAAUCAUCCAACUCAAUUCAUUUCUCUUCUCAGAAACUCAUCACUUUGCUUUUGCAGUGCCAGCUAAGUCUCUUUUGUUGAGUUUGUUAUUGAGUUUGUUAUUGUUGUAAAAUCAGUUACCGAUCCGAUCAUGGCAGAGGAAAGCCAGAACAAGUACGAGACCCCUCAGAGCAGUGAGGUGGAGGUCCAGGAUCGUGGAGUUUUUGACUUUCUCGGUAAGAAAAAGGAAGAAGAGAAGCAUCAGGAAGAGGUGAUCGUCACCGAGUUUGAAAAGGUCACAGUGUCAGAGGAGAAGAAGGAAGAAGAAGAAGGAGAGAAGAAGCACAGCCUCUUAGAAAAGCUUCACCGAUCUGACAGCAGCUCCAGCUCUUCAAGUGAGGAGGAAGGAGAAGAUGGAGAGAAAAAGAAGAAGAAGAAGAAGGAAAAGAAGAAAAUCGAGGAGGACACAAGUGUUCCAGUUGAGAAAGUCGAGGUUGUUGAAACUGAGGAAAAGAAGGGAUUCCUGGACAAGAUUAAGGAGAAGCUACCAGGGCACAAGAAGACCGAGGAGGUUGCUUCUCCUCCACCACCACCACCACCUGCGGCGACCUCAUCGGAACACGGUGAGGGUGGUCAUCAUGAAGGAGAAGGAAAGGAGAAGAAAGGUAUAUUGGAGAAGAUAAAGGAGAAGCUUCCUGGUUACCACUCGAAGACAGAGGAGGAGAAAGAAAAGGAGAGUGGUGGUCACUGAGAUUGAGACAAAGGCUUCUUUGUUGUUGGGUUUGUUGGAGAUGAUUGUGGUGUGCUUUGUUUUCCUUUCAUCAUAUCAAAGCCUUGUGGGGUUUCUUAUCUUUCGUGUUUCUUCAUGCAUACUUUACUUUUUAUUAUUGUGUAUGUAUCUAUCUAUCUUGCAUAUACAAAAAGCUCGUUUAGGUUUC